AUCAUCAUACAUGUAAAGUAGAGCGUCACAUUUACAUUUCUUUCUCAUAUACAAACACUCGAAUUACUUAUGUAAUUUUGAUUAUUAAUUUCUUAUCAAAAUAUAUUGAUAUCUUUUCACUGAUUACAAAUAUCACAAAUCCUGUCUAUCCUCUUCUCUUUUUCCAUCACUAACACUCUCAAAGCCAUUUAUCUUGAAACCGAAUCAAACCCACAUGAGCGCGGCGAGCACUUAUGCGUUGUCAUGCUCAUACGCAAAAUACCCGAAUGAAAACCGCAAGAAAGAAACGAAACUGAAGUCCAAACACACUCACAUCACAAGAAGAAAAGCAUCAUCAUUAUUCCUCCUCAUUUGUUCCCCAAUUCCAUUCCAUGCCGAACCCGCAAGCGCAACCGAAUCCUCGUUUCUAGACAUGUUUAGAAUGACGAUUCCCGACCAGACGGUGGAAGAAGCGGAGAAUGGAAUCAGGGAACAUGCAAUGAGUUUGGUACAAGUGAAAGAGCUAUUGGAAUUGGAAUCAUGGAAAGAGGCUCAAAAGGAAUUGAGAAAGAGUGCUUCUUUAUUGAAACAAGACAUAUAUACCAUAAUUCAAGCGAAGCCUGGAAUGGAAAGAGCUCAACUCCGGAAUCUCUAUUCCAAACUUUUCAAUGGAGUCACUGGAUUGGAUUAUGCAGCAAGGGAUAAGGAUGUGCCACGUGUCUGGAAUUUGUAUGAAGAAAUUGUUGUUACACUUGAUGAUAUUUUAUCUAGAGUUUAGUGAUAAUUAAUUUAUAGUUGUU